UGGCAACCCUUCUCGUCGACACUAAACAGGAAGUUGAAGACUGCAUUGUUUGACUAAAGUUCUGUCUUAUCUUACAGGAGGGAUGUUUGCUGUCCUUCCGUGCUAUAACGCUCAAAUUACGCUGUUAUGGUGUUCAUAUUUGUUUGUAGCACAUGUCUGGAUUUCGAGACAAUCCUCCUGAGUAGAUAUUGAGGUAGAAAUCGUGUGUGUUUGAGAGCUAGCAUGAGCGCUAAUGCGACACGAGCCGCGUUUGUUGACAGUGAAUCAGCUGAUUAGGGUGAGUGUUCCUCAGAAGCUCGCGUGAUAGUUCAGCACGAGCUGCUCGUCCUUUAGGAGCUUUCACCCAGCUCUCUAGCUGAAUGUGAGGAAGGAGAGGAGGAAGAGGAAGAAGGAGAGGAGGAAGGAGAGGAGAACUGAGCAGGAGAAGAUGCCGUGCACCUGUGGGAACUGGAGGAGGUGGAUCAGACCUCUGGUGGUGCUCCUCUACAUCCUGCUCCUGCUGGUGGUUCUUCCUCUGUGCAUAUGGGAGCUGCAGAAAUCAGAGGUUGGCACUCACAACAAAGCCUGGUUCAUCGCAGGCAUUUUUGUCUUCAUGACAAUCCCCAUAUCACUGUGGGGGAUACUUCAGCAUCUAGUGCACUACACCCAGCCCGAGCUGCAGAAACCCAUAAUCAGGAUAUUAUGGAUGGUUCCAAUAUAUAGCUUGGAUAGCUGGAUUGCGCUGAAGUACCCGAACAUCGCAAUCUACGUGGACACGUGCAGAGAGUGCUAUGAAGCCUACGUCAUUUACAACUUCAUGAUCUUCCUGCUGAACUACCUGGAGAAGCAGUAUCCCAGCCUGGUGCAGAUGCUGGAGGUGCAGGAACAGCAGAAACACCUGCCGCCGCUCUGCUGCUGCCCGCCCUGGCCCAUGGGAGAGGUGCUGUUGCUGAGAUGUAAGCUGGGUGUUCUGCAGUACACUGUAGUGCGACCCGUCACCACAGUCAUCGCAUUGAUCUGUCAGCUUUGUGGGGUUUACGAUGAAGGCAACUUCAGCUCCAAAAAUGCCUGGACCUAUUUAGUGAUCAUGAACAAUCUCUCCCAGCUCUUUGCCAUGUACUGCCUGGUGCUGUUCUACAAAACGUUAAGAGAAGAACUCAGCCCUAUCAAACCUGUGGGCAAAUUCCUUUGCGUCAAACUCGUUGUGUUCGUGUCCUUCUGGCAGGCGGUGCUCAUUGCUCUGCUUGUGAAGGUUGGAGUGAUUUCAGACUCUCACACCUGGGACUGGGACAGCGUGGAGGCCGUGGCCACUGGACUGCAGGACUUUAUCAUCUGUGUGGAGAUGUUUUUGGCAGCCAUUGCUCAUCACUUCAGCUUCACCUACAAGCCAUAUAUACAGGAAGCAGAGGAAGGCUCAUGCUUUGACUCCUUUUUGGCCAUGUGGGACAUGUCAGACAUCCGGGCCGACAUCUCCGAGCAAGUGCGCAAUGUCGGCCGAACAGUUAUGGGCCGGCCCAGGAAGAGCUACUUCGCCCGUGACGCAGAGCAUGACGAACACAGAGGGCUGCUGUCCUCCGGUUCUCAGGACGCCGCCGUCGCUGAGGCUUCCUCCACUCCUCCGUCUCCAUCAGGCCACUAUCAGGGUCUGGGACACACCCGACCCCCUCACUCUCGCUCGGCCCCCGCCGAACUCUGCUCCACACCCUGGGUGGGAGACGUAGACGACGUGGACGACAUCACCCCCACCGUGCUGUCCGGGGAUCCCAAAAACCAGGCGCGCACACAGUACGCUAAAAUCACUUAACACACGCGAACGCUGUUCACGUUAUUCCCAGUAACUAAUUCACUGGGAGCGGCGGGUUAAAAAGGCACACUGGGGAUUUUAGUCAGCCUGUUUCACCCCGGUUUUUAUCAAUUUUAAGAAAAUCUAAUGAUUUUUUCAUUUCUAUUGACUCAUGCAAAAAAAAAAAAAAAAAAAAAAAACAUCCGUUCUUUUAAGACAGCUAAAUUAAUUUUUUUGUAAAUUGCAAAACAGUUUAUUCACACUAUUUAUCUGUUCCUUCCUCUGCAGAAAUGCAUGUUUUAAUAUUUUAAACAGUCACCCUGUGUCCUUGUGGCAUUAGUGUCUCAGUUAAUCUGUUGACUGAAAACGUCAUGAUGUAAUCAGUGUUUGCUGAUUACACACACACACACACACACACACACACACACACACACACACACACACACACACAGUGUGCCAAAGUGCUCUGUUUUUUUAAGCCAGAGAAAAAGCUGAACAAUGUGCAAAGGACAUUUAUGAAGUGCACAAUAUACUCGAAAUGCAUGAA